CAUUAGACAUCCAGGUCAAUGGCUAUUAUAUAUAUAUAUAUAUGCUUUUGAAAGGUGGUAUAGAACCUACACAGAGAUCUCCUUUUCUCUACAUACAGAGCUGUAAAGCAAGGCUUUAGAGAAUAUAUAGAGCAAAAGGGUCAUCAACCGAAAGUUUCUAAUUAAAAGCUUCUUUCAUAUUCAACCAAUAUGGCUUGUGACAAGGGUUUCUCCAGCAGUUAUAUGCUAUUGAAACCCGAAGAAGUAAAGCUUUUCGAUCUCAUUCACAUAUUAUUUUCUAGUGACAUAGAAAAAAGGAAUUUUAUUGAUGCUCCUAAAGGUACGGAGGAAAAAUUCACUCACAGAUGGCUCAUAUUCUUGUCGAUAGCGGUGCAGAAGAUGCUUCAGUUUGUUUCGAAACCUCUUUCGAGUAUCGGGUCUGGAGCUGAGAUGUUUUUGAACCUCUUGUCUAGCAAUGGCAGCUUUGGAAAACUUGUGCUUAAUUUUCUGCGAGGGAAAGUGAUAAUGCCAGAUAAAACGUCUUCAACUUUCUUAUCUUUUAUUGGAAACUUGGACAAACGAAUAGAGCUGGACAAGACCAUCAAACAUGGAGAUGGAAAUUACAAUGCUGUACUUUCCAUGAUGGCUUCAAAAGUAUCAUACGAGAACAAAGCUUUGAUCGAAACUACUGUCAAAGAUCAUUGGGAGAUGGAGUUUUUGGGAUCGUAUGACUACUGGAACGAUUAUCAAGACAAAGCUACAACACAAGCUUUCUUGCUUCGAGAUAAAACCGAGGACCACGAUACUAUUGUCGUGGCCUUUAGAGGCACCGAACCUUUCGAUGCCGACGCAUGGUGCUCCGACUUUGAUAUCUCUUGGUAUGAGCUCCAAGGGGUAGGAAAGAUUCAUGGUGGUUUCAUGAAGGCUCUUGGUUUGCAAAAGUGUGUUGGUUGGCCUAAAGAAGCUAGCCAACCACAAGACAAAAACCGUCCACCUUUAGCCUACUACGCCAUCAGGGACAUGCUAAAAGAUCUUCUACAACAAAGUGAUAAAACAAAAUACAUAUUAACCGGGCACAGUUUAGGUGGUGCACUUGCCAUACUUUUUCCUGCAAUUUUGGCAUUGCAUGAGGAAAAAUUGCUGCUUGACAGAUUGGAAGGGGUUUACACAUUUGGUCAACCGAGGGUUGGAGAUAAAAGUUUUUGCUUAUUCAUGGAAAAGCAAUUGAAGGAGAAUGGUAUUCCAUAUUUUAGAUUUGUUUAUGGUAACGAUAUUGUUCCAAGGUUGCCUUAUGAUGACAAAGCGCUUAUGUUUAAGCACUUUGGGACUUGUCUUUACUACAACAGGAAAUACCAAGUUAAGGUUGUUCCAGAAGAACCAAACAAGAACUAUUUUUCGCCACUGGGGGCCAUACCGAUGAUGAUAAACGCCAUUGGAGAGCUCGUAAGAAGCUUCACCAUUCCAUAUAAGAAAGGAAAAGACUACAAAGAAGGAGGUUUAAUGAGAGUGUUUAGGGUUAUCGGUUUGAUUGUUCCUGGCAUGCCUGCUCAUAGUCCUCAAGAUUAUGUAAACGCUACACGGUUGGGACCAUCGGAUGUGUUCCUAAUUAAACACAAGGAUUCAUAAUUUCAAAUUCUUUCCGGUACUUUCUUGUUGCGCAACCUGAUCAAAAUGUUCGUAUUCCUCCAUUUAUAAGGUUAUUGGUUAAAAUAACCCUAAUAAAAAUAAAUUUUGUUUUUUUAGUACAUAUGUAUUUAUAAAUUCUUUCUUAGACCCUAAUAAUUUUAAUUUAUAUAUAAUUUCGAGGCUCUUUCGUAGUGACCGAGAAUCACGUGUCCACAUAGCCUAUGGACUUUGAAGAGAUUCCACACGCUAAGUGGAUAAGUUGUUGCAUUGGAAACUGUGUGUACGUGCUUGUGUUUUACUGGAAAUUUGGAAAGCUUUUCCUAAUUUUUUUUAUUUUUUUUUCUAAACUUGUAUUGACUUCUUAAAUAAAAGUAUUGGCUUUAAUUUAUA